AUGUCCGUGCAGCCCAAGCUAAUCAGUUCCAGAUUACAUCAGACUGAUCCCAAACUGAUGGUGUCUCUCAGCGAUCAUCGUAGUGCCAAUCCGUUGGACCACUUCGAGGCCCCAGUCAUGUUGUCUGGGCCUGGGAAGGCUGUCAGAGUCGUCUUGACUGGCCUUGAGUACGACACAGGGGCAAAUGGAUUGGGCAGGAGCGAGAACUUGGCAAUCUUGCGAAUAAUCGCGUGGGCCGAGAAGAACGACAAAUUGGACUCCAAGAAGACCGGGUGGUGGGAUCUUGAUGAUCGACAUGAUCUCACGAGCUUGCACCAUUAUAUGCUGCAUAAUUGGACUCCUGCAGAUGAGCCGCCGGGUUGGUUGCAGCGGGCACGAGGGUGGCUGUUGGGUAACACUGGCUGA